UGGUGAUGUCACUAGAACCGAUCCGCUAGUUAGGUAGGUAGUGGGGCCCUACUUAAUUUCGACCUACUCGACCCCGAUAAGAUAUUGGAUCUAUUUCGAUAUACAUUAGAUAUAUCGCUCAAGGAUUAUUGAUCUGCUUUCUGUUUUAAAUUAGUAUCUUUCCUAUUUAUAACAAAUUGUCACUUCCUGUUGCAUUUGCAUUCUCGUGAAGCUCAAGCGCAUUCUGCAAGGAUAAAACGACCAUUCACGAGCUCAAGCGAUCUCGGACCUCGGACUUCUUAGCGCAGCCAUGGCCAUGGCCAUGGCCAUCUGAUUGUCGCAUCGUAUCUGUCAAACGACUAAGUUAACUAGACAGAUAGUUGAUACUCCACAAGACCUUUCUAGAGUACGAGAAAUCAACAACGAUAAUGCAAGCUCUCACCAUCAAUGCCCUACCAGAGGAAGUACUCUCUUAUAUCCUACAGCACGUCAGGCAGAGUUCAUCUCCCGCAUCGUUCGUAUCCUGUCUCGUAUGCUGCAGAACUUGGCACGAAGUCGCUCUCCGCGAACAUUAUCGGGAUAUCGUCCUUGGUGUUUCGGGUUUGGGGCUCUUCCUGGAGAAGUUUCCUCGUGAAAAGGGCCAUUUGGUCAAGUCACUCACGAUAACGAUUGAUCCUUCUGAUUUCUCCAAGGAUUUGGAACAGGCGGAGAACUAUGAGGAAGUGGUCUUCCAUAAUCAGAAUGGACUGGGCAAUGUCGGAGCGGUCUGGAGCCAUAUGCAAUGUCUCCCGGGUGUUAUUCGAACGAUGUCUCAAUUGUCGACUUUCUCGUUCGUUGUAGGACAUGGAGAUGCACGUGGCUUUUGGCUGUCGAGACCGCUUCUUGGUGUCGUGAUCAAAGCACUUCCUGAAACGUGUGUCUAUUUAGAAAUAGAUACGGGAGGGUGCGAUCAGGAUGGUCCGGGGUCGUCGCAUCUUUGUGAAAUCCUUGCUGGGGUUAUUCCACGGUUACAUCAUCUUCGAUUACGACUUCGUAGAAUGUGUCCUGCGUUAUUCGGGGCGGAUAUGCCAGAGUCGGGGUCGGGUUCAGAUUCUGAUUCCAGUUCUGAUUCCGAUAGUGGGUCAGCAGAGGAAGAAGGGAAGAAGAAGAGUUUGGUGCAAUCUGAACCGCCAUCACAAUACCCCUUUUUGGAGACAGCAAUGAUAAACUGCUGUUCGGACAGCUACGUAUGCACGACAUUCAUGGGCAAAAGAUACGGUUGGACGGAUUACUACAUCAACCGUCCUGAAGCGAGAACGUUGAUCGCCGAGUAUCUGGGUCAAUUGGACCAUUCGUCCAGUUUCCCCCAUAUAAAGCGGCUGUGGUUGCUUGAUCUUCAACGGGAAGAUUCUCGAUGUCGAUCGAUGUACUCUGCAUACAAUCGACGGGAUAUCAUCAGGAAUAAAACGUGGACGAUCCCGUACCAUCCGGUGAAAGGCCAUGAUGAUGGCUCGUUGCUAUAUCUAAUACGAACACCGGAUAACACAGAGGUCCUGGCUAAGAAAUGGGUCAUUGAGUCUCUUGCAGAAGGGGAGACGUGGAAGGAGACCCUCGCGGGGGCAAAAGUCCCGUCAGCCCUACUUAUCGGGCAAGAUGAUCCAGCCUUCGAAGGACGGGUUGAGAAACCCCUUCCUACAAUGUCUGUUGCUGCAUAUCGAUCACGGACUCCGCACAGCACGUGCUGUCUGUGGCAUAAUGAAGAGAAAACAGGGACACGACUCUUGUCCGCAAUUGAAAGUGAUGGCGUCAUCGAGAAACAUCAGGUCGUAGAGUUGACUCCGCCAGGAUGGAGACGACAGGUCUAUGAUGCUUUUUCGUCGAGUCUUGAAAGGGACGGUCUUUUCCUGACGCCGUUACAGUGAAGUCUGGUCAUUAACCCCUCUUCUUCAUGUAAAUAUUGAAUGGCGAUUUUGAAUAGCUCGAUAGCAAUGGUGCAUAGCUUCAGUGGAAUAGUUCUGUUUG